CACACCAGAAAUAUGCGCUUGCGGGUGGUCCCUGUAUCUUGCUCUUCUUUACGUACACCAAUCGGUGCAUUUGCCGUCUCACAAACAGUUGACUUACGCAUGCUUUACUUAGCGCAAUUUUAAAAUAAUGAGACUGCUUUAAUAAUUUAAAUGUUUCGCGUUAGUUUUAGUGAAUUCGACUGAUUUGAGGAUGAAACCGGUGAUAUUUCUUUGUAAUUUUAGUAUAAUACAAGCCGUACUGGUCAGGACCCCAAUGUUUGACCAAAACAACACUUUGGAAAAUGGGAGUCUAGGGACAGGGGAUCAAGUGCAGCACAUUCGGCAUGUGGACUCGAAACGAUUCCGGUCCAAGGACGGUUUCAUGCACGAUCGUUACCCACUACUGUCCGACAUCAACUUGAAGUACUGUCAGCGGCCUGCUACGUGCCAGAAUCUGAGUCAGACGACCUGUAUGGGCUCGAAGCUCCCCUACGGCUCGACCAGCUUAGAUUUAACAAACACCAGCUCGCAAGAAAAAGUGCUCGAGCAGUUGUUGGUCUACAAGUACAUUCGGUACCUGCCGAAGUGUUGGGCUGUAAUACAACCGUUCCUCUGUGCCUUGUAUAUGCCUCGAUGUACCGACGGUAUGGUCGACUUACCGUCAAUGGAAAUGUGUCGCAUCACUCUACGUCCGUGCAAGAUCCUGUACGACAAUGGCAUCUUCCCCGAGUUUAUUAAAUGCGAGGAUAAGGAGUUGUUCCCUUCCAUGUGUAAGAACGACAUUCACGAUGUGAAAUUUAACAUGACCGGAUUUUGUAUGGAUCCGUUGGUUAGAGUUGAUCGAGCUGAUCUGGCUUAUUCUGAUAUUGACGACUGUGGACUGCAGUGCAAAGAUGUUUUGUACACUGACGAAGAGCACAGACAAAUUCAAAAGUUAAUGAUUUACUGCGCCAUCAUUUGUAUAAUACUCAACUUCUUCACCAUCAUCACUUUUAUAAUCGAUUGGAAAACUGCGAACAAGUACCCGGCCUUGGCGAUAUUUUACCUCAACGUCUGUUUCUUCAUCUCGUACUGCGGAUGGUUUAUUCAAUUUUUAAGCGGGGACGCUCACGAAGACAUAGUUUGCAAGAAGGAUGGAACGUUACGCAAGCACGAGCCGAGCGCUAACGAGAAUUUGAGCUGUGUAACCGUCUUUGUUAUGGUUUACUACUUUUUGAUAGCUGGUAUGGUUUGGUUCGUCAUUUUCGCGUAUGCUUGGCACAUGAGUUCAUUGCAAGCUCUAGGCAAGAUACAAGAGCGGGUGGAUAAGAAAAGGGCAUACUUCCACCUAGUCGCGUGGAGUCUGCCCUUAAUUUUGACCAUAACCACAAUGGCAAUCGGCGAAAUCGACGGUGACUACGUGCUCGGCAUCUGCUUCGUCGGUUGCAUCAAUUCUGCCGCACGCAUAGGCCUGCUACUGACCCCGUUAGCCGCGACCAUAUUUUCAGCCGGUUACAUUGUCGUUCGCGGUUUAUUGGUUUUGAUCCAAGUGAAGAUAGACAGCAAGAAUGUAAUAUCGGACCAUUCGAGCAGGAAAAUUCGCUCGAACAUUGUUCGAAUGGGCGUAUUUGCACUGUUCAUGGUUAUAUUUUGUAUAAUUACAUUUGUGUAUCACAUCUAUGUGUUUGUCAAUUCAGAAACGUGGACAAAUAGCCUGCACAAUUAUGUAAUAUGCAAGCUGACAAGUUUAAGCUCUGAUCUUACGCAAUGUAAAAUAGAAGCGCGACCUAGCGUCGCCAUGCUCCAACUGCAGCUGCUGGCCGUGUUUGGUAGUGGGUUGGCAGUGGCCUCGUGGGUUUGGUGUACCGCAACCUUUCACGUUUGGACGCGCUACUUCAGACGAAAAUUUCAUUGCGAAAUAGAAAAACCGAUGAAAUAUCAAAAGCACAAAAUAAUAGCACAAGCUUUUGAAAAACGCAAAAUCUUCAACCAAGGGCGCAAGAUUUCCAUCGAAUGUCAGCCGCAUACUGAUCCGGUAGGCCUACAUUUUGAUCUAAACAGUGCUGCUAGUAACGAUCUCAGCACCACGUGGGCGGCCAAUCUACCACGAUUGGUGAACCGUAGGUGUGCAGUUCCCAACGAAGUGAUGAACUACUCCGCUUCGAGCAACUCAGAGAUGAGUUACAGCUUGCAGCAAAUCAGCAUUGAAAGUCGACGAAAUUCGGGCGAAAGUCAGCUCUCGGUGCAAAUAUCCGAAGUGACUGCGAAAAUCAACAGGCGUAUGCAUCGAAAUCGGCCGAGACGUAAACGAAACGUCAUACGUCGCUCCCGUUCGCGAGUGGGCCGAAGACGGAACAGCACAGCCAGCCUGGAUUCGCAACUCGGCAGUCAACUGCACAACAUCUUCAACGUACCUGACGCAAAACACACAUUACCCAACCUGACCAAGCGGAGAAUCGCGAACGCAGGCCUAGACGAGCUGCUGGCGAACGCAAAACUAAUCCUACCCCUAGAUAAAAACCACACAGACGACGAAAACGUCUCGGUAACCAUUUCUGAGAGUAAAUUUAACGUCGUAGUCAACCACAGCAACAACAACCUCGACUUAAGCGACCAAUUAAUAAUGAAAUCCUUGCACCAAGAUCUGCACAUUAACAACCAUUAUUCGGACGAAUCCGACGAUUCCUCCACCGAUAACUCUUCGGCGCCGGAGUUAAAGCAACUCCUUCAGAGCUCUCUCAAUUCUGCUGUCUCUACGGGCACGCAGAAUCGUUCAAGUAAACAAUCAAAAACCUCAAUCGAUGUUGCCGUUCAGGCGAACGCUAGCGAAAUUGUCACGCAGACUGCGGCAUUAGAGAAUGAAUCUAAAAAGAAAGGGGAAGGGAAACAUAAAACAAAACGAAGAAGUAAACGGAAAUGAAACGAAUUGCUGUGACAAUACAAACUGUGAUGCUGAUCUCUUUUAAUUAUUGUAGUAUGUGUAAGUAUCAAGGAGACAUUGUCGACGUGCAAUAAUAAGCAGUUAGUUUUGAUGUAAGACGGUUGGCUCUAGUAUAAUACAUCACUCUGAAUCUUAUAAUA